AUGAUCUCCUCCAAGCCUCGCAAUGCGCCGUCAGCGUACCCUUUUCCAUUGACAUAUCUCGUCCUGAGCGUCUCCUUCGUCUUCUCGGCAAUCGCAACAGGCCUGCUGGGUUAUUUCAUCUACUAUCUCAACAUGGAUUCAAUGCCUGUUCCCUUCGAGUUCAUUCUACUCAUCACCACAUCCACGCUCUCCCUCUGCGCCUAUCUCUGGGCCAGCUUCACGCACCUCUUCCGCACCAUGACCCCCAAGAUCUCCCUCGCGACCAACACGCUCCUCCUCCUCCUCUGGAUAAUCAGCACGGCCCUCAUCUCCCGCAAGAUCAGCCACAUGGUGCUGACCAACUCCUGCUCCCUCUCCAUGUGGCGCACCGACAUGGGCGUCAUGGUGUGCCGCAUCUACAAGGCUCUUUUCGCCUUCAUCAUCCUGGCUGCGGCCUCCGUCGCCGCCACGGUAGCGUUGGACGUCCACGUCUUGCGCGAGAUGACGAGUCGCGGCGCCUACCGAGAGAUGAAGGACCAGCAGGAAGCCACGACGAAGGCGGCGUGGGGUGGCGUGCAACGCGCUGCGGAGCCAUCGCCCGCGUUGGACGGGUAUAGAAGGGGUUUCAGCAUUGAGAUGAAGGACAGUCCGGAGUUGGGGUCGGACAUGGGAGACGGGGCGCGCUUGGUUGCGCGGUCGCCGGACCCAGGAUAUACGCCGCAACAGACGCCAAAGCUGUAG